AUGGACGACGAGGGUUCGGUGGAUAUCGAGGAAAUCCUCUCUCUGCUCAACCAGGGAGAAGACGCGCCAGCAUGCAAGACCGGAGGACCAGUGACGGAUGCGGCAAGCGAGUCUUGCUGUGAAGCUGGAGCUGAGGCUAACCAGGUCACGGUACCGAUCAACGAGGUCACCUCUUCUGGAAUGUUUCCGCUGGACGGGCCGCCAGAUGUUGCAGACGUCGAGAAAUUGCGGUUUGCGUACGACGCCGUCGGUGAAGGUGCUAGGACCGGCCAUAUUGGCCUGAGAACAUGGGUUGGAUCCUCAGCUGAAACGCGGCGGGGUCAUGCAGACGACUCUGAACCGUACAUUCAUGUUUCUCGGGGGGAUGAAUUCGCCGACUCGUUUGAUGCCUCGUUCUUCGCGAAGACGUUCCCGACCUUGUUCCCGUUUGGCAUCGGAGGACCAAGAUUAGCUGAAGAGGCCAUACUAGAAGUGGGAAAGGCCGCUGACCUGCGAGGUGGGAUUAUAGAGGCAGGGGCGGCUAUGCGAGAUCUCAUAGGCUCGCGAAAUUUGAAUCUUCGGACGUGGGCCGACAUUGUGCUCCGGCGCCAUGGUGGCCGAUUCGCGACGCACCACGUCUUUGCAUUUCUUGUCUUCAACAUAGGUGUGCGGUCGAGGAACCGUCGCGUCAGCAUGCUGAGCGUGACGAGGAAGAAUUUCCGCAAGGUAGAGCGCAUUGUGCGCUUGCUGACCGCAGAAAGGUUGGCGGCGGCGAGGGUCGAGCUAGAGAGCUCAGGCAAGACGACCGACGAUGGUGUAAAGGAGCUGCUCAGGAGCCUGUCGCUGUACGGCCACCGGCAGCCCAUGUCGAGAGAGGCCCGCCUCAAUAUGCGGCGGAAAAUCCAGUCGCUCAUCGUUGGCUACGGCGUGCCGGCCAUCUGGUUCACUCUGAACCCGAAUGACAUUACGAAUCCGGUGAAGCUGCGGCUGGCGGCAUACCGCACCCGCGACCCCGACGAGGCCGAGGGGUUUCUCGAAAGCCUUGGAAAUGCGUACAAACAGACACGGCUGGCCAUCUCAGAUCCCAUGAGCUCCGCCAUAUUCUUCCACCGAGAGAUGAAGCUCUUUUUCGAUCAUUACGUGAAGGUCGGCGAAGAGUCAGUAUUCGGGCGCAUCAGAAAGUACUAUGGCGCUGUGGAGACCAACGAACGAGGGGCGCUUCAUGUCCAUGGGCUGCUCUGGCUGCACGGAAACUCACAUCUGAGCUCGAUGCUUGCCGACGUCCACGGGGAGGAUCAGGCGGCGUAUCGUGAGCGAAUCAUCCGAUAUGUGGAUAGUGUCUUCUCCGAGGAUCUGGACCUGGAAGGGUUCUGCGCCGUGCAAGCGGAGCGAUCGGUGACGUCCGACAUUUCCUCCCUUCUGGACAACGCCGAACAGUUCUCGGCCGCAUUCGACGAGGAGGCAAACUUCUAUGCCGGCGCGACACAGGUUCACACGCAUAGCCCAACCUGUGUCAAGUAUUCCCUGGGUAAAGGAGGGCGGAAAGCGGAUCUCUGUCGGUUCAAGGCGCCAUGGAGAUUGGUCGAGAAGACUGCCUUCACGGCAGAGAGGGUGCUGCAGGUCCGGAGGACGCACCUCAUGGUGAAUCGGUGGAACAAGGCCAUCGCCGUCGGGCUCCGGCACAACCACGACAUCUCCUUCAUCGCGACGCAGCGCAAGACCAUGGCCCUCAUUUAUUAUGUCACGAAUUACGCGACGAAAGUGGAGGAUCCGCUGUGGAAGCGUGUGGCCGCCGCGGUAGAGCUCUGGGCCGCAUCAACGGAUGACGACGGGAUGGCCAACGGAGCUGGUAACGGGACGGCCGACGGGGGGUACGGUGAUACCAAUGACGCCAUCAAGGGGAACAGGACGCGGCAGUUUUUGAUGAGGGUGGCGAACCGUGUGUUCACGGAGCGACCGCUGUCGCAGGUCGAGGUCAUCGCUCAUCUCCUAGGAUAUCCGGCUGAGUUUACCAACAGCAGCGCUUGGGCGUACCUGAACACAUCUCUGCUGUACUGGCACGUAUUUCGACGAUGGCGGCAUCUCCGACAAGCAAGCGGCGCAGCGGCCACAGAUGAUACCCUGGAUGAGUCGGUCAUCGUCGAAGAAGCAGGCCUGAGAAUAUCCCACGUCGAGGCGUAUCCGCACCGGGGAGAGGCCCUGCAAGGUCUAUGCUUGUACGACUACAUAUCGCUCAUCACACUCAAACGCAAUAUCAACGACGAGAGAUGUGCGGCUUGGGGGGAGGUGCCUUUCGAGGAAGGGUGGGCGCCAGGAAGCCGCUGGGUCCAGGUGCUCAGGCGGCCGGGCGAGCAGGCUACCGUCUGCCGGGAAUUGAUCCAGGCACCGCCGGCGGUGUGA